UACUGCACACUGCUGAGAAAGAAAGGAAGGAGUUGCCGCCGCUGCUGCUGCGGGCUGGAGUGAGACGGAGAGAAUAUACGGCUGCGACGGUCGUAUGUCUAGCCGUCUCGCGGCUUUCGAGAGCACUACACCCGCUCGACGCAUACUGUGUAUAUACAUAUAUACACCCCCCCCCCUCGCACCCGUACAGCAGAGAGCAGCGGUGCAGCCGCAGACCAGGCUAAAAGGACGGCGCUACGAUAUACUAUAUAGAACUACAUCGGGGGGCUCUGCUCUCUCUCUCUCUCUCUCUCUCUCUCGCUCUAUACGUACAGUAUAGUACGUAGAGCGGAGUGCGUGUAGUGUAGUGCGAGUGAGCGAGUGUUGUAGGAGAGAUCAUCGUCGUGAGUGAGAGAACGCGAGGCCCUGGCGAUUGAGAGAGUGAGAGAGCCUAAGCAAAUGUGCCUCGAGGAUGUCGAACCCUGGCGGUAGCAGGAGGACCGCGGCGACCAAGAUCCGGCUGACGAUCUUGUGUGCUCGCAACCUUGCAAGAAAAGAUCUGUUUCGUCUGCCAGAUCCUUUUGCCAGAAUCACUGUAGAUGGUUCUGGCCAGUGCCACAGCACUGACACAUGUAAAGCCACUUUAGAUCCAAAGUGGAAUCAGCAUUAUGAUUUGUAUAUUGGAAAAAAUGACGGGAUUACUAUAACGGUAUGGAAUCACCGAAAAAUACACAAAAAGCAAGGCGGAGGUUUUCUUGGAUGCGUGCGAAUAUUGUCAAACACUAUUCAAAGGUUGAAAGAUACAGGAUACCAACGUUUGGACCUUUGCAAAGCCAACUCUGACGACACAGAUGUUAUUAAGGGACAGAUAGUUGUGUCACUGUUAUCGCGAGAUGGUCACAACGGAGCUGUUAGCAAUACCGUCGGCCACAACGCCGUGGUCGACCUCCUGGGUGACUUGAGCUGUCCUACGGAUUUACCCGAUGGUUGGGAGGAGAGACGAACGCAGAGCGGCAGGCUCUAUUAUGUCAAUCAUUACACACGCACCACACAAUGGAUCCGUCCGAAUUCACGGCCUAGCAACGCCAUAAUACCAACGACGCCGGAACCGCCGCCAGCCGUCUGCCCGGAACCGACGUCACCGAGUAGUAGUGCCGGUAGCCCUCAGAACCCUGCCGACGGUAGUCCUAGUGGCAGUCGUCGUACCUCCGAGCAACGGAACAACAGUGGUGGCGGUGCCGACGCACCUCCUCCCGCAGUAACUAAUGGUAGCGCAACACCGAGUCGCGAGAACUCGGCUCAGAACACACCUCGUAGUACGCCGACCCAACCGCCCAACCAAAAUGCUCGGAAUACUCCGGCGCAGACGCCCAAUCGUUCAACAAGAAGCUCCGCUAGGACGCCCAACGAUGAACAAAAUGGAAACGCGAGAGCGGACAGAGGAAUAAACGGGAGCCAGGCAAGGAGACCCAGCAGGCCAAACAGGAAUAGGAAUAGUGGGAUCAUGGGUAGCGAAAGGAGAACUGAGACGCAGCCGCUUGAUUUGCCCAGGGGAUACGAGAUGCGAAAGACCCAACAGGGCCAGGUGUACUUCUACCACGUGCCAACGGGCUCGUCGACGUGGCACGACCCCCGGAUUCCGCGCGACCUGCCAGCCAACGAGCUUGAGCUCGGCCCACUGCCCAGUGGCUGGGAGAUGCGCCAGACCCAGAGUGGCCGCGUAUACUUCGUCGAUCACAACAACCGCACCACUCAGUUCACGGAUCCUCGGCUCUCCACGCAGAUCAUCAAUAACCUACUCAAAAGACAAAACGGAACUACGACGCAACAAACCAACAGUAAUAAUGCAGCAGCACCGACGAGAACUGAACCGGCUGGGGCGACCACGACACCGGCGACGGCGGUAGCUGCUGCACAACCAGCGACUCCGCAAAACGUUAAUCAACAGAGGCCAAGAGCUGAAGGUGCAAGUAACAAUAAUACUCCAACGACCGAAACUCCACCUACGCCGAAUGGGCAAACCGUAUCAGACUUGCCCAAAGAAUUGAUGGAGAGCGAGCUUCUUCCGAAAUACAAGCGGGACUUAGUGGCGAAACUAAAGUGUUUGAGGGCGGAACUAAACGCGCUUCAACCGCAAACGGGGCAUUGCAGAUUGGAAGUAUCGAGGAACGAGAUAUUCGAGGAGUCCUAUAGACUGAUAAUGAAAAUGCGACCGAAGGACAUGCGAAAACGACUCAUGGUGAAAUUCAGAGGCGAGGAAGGCUUGGACUACGGAGGUGUAGCGCGCGAGUGGCUAUACCUGUUGUCUCACGAAAUGCUCAAUCCACAGUACGGUCUGUUCCAGUAUUCCAGGGACGACAAUUACACGCUGCAGAUAAAUGCUGACUCCGGUAUCAACCCAGAGCAUUUAUCGUACUUCCAUUUCGCGGGUAGGAUUAUUGGAAUCGCUGUUUUUCAUGGACAUCAUGUCGACGGCGGAUUUACGACACCAUUCUACAAGAUGCUGCUUAACAAAGCUAUCACUUUGAGUGAUAUCGAAGGAGUGGAUCCCGAACUGCAUCGAAGCCUUACGUGGAUGCUAGAAAAUAGCAUUGACGGAGUGUUGGACGCAACGUUUUCGGUGGAGCACAGUAGCUUCGGCGUGCUGAAGAAUCACGAACUGAAACCUGGCGGCAAGGACAUUCCAGUGACGGAGGAGAACAAGAAGGAAUAUGUGCGGCUUUACGUGAACUACCGUUUUAUGCGCGGUAUUGAGCAGCAAUUCCUUGCCCUGCAGAAGGGUUUCCACGAGCUGAUACCGUCGCAGCUGCUGCGACCGUUCGAUGAGCGUGAACUCGAACUCGUAAUCGGUGGCCUCGGUACAAUCGACAUCAGCGAUUGGAAGCAAAACACGCGAUUGAAGAACUGCACGCCUGAUACGCCUGUUGUCAAAUGGUUCUGGCAAAUCGUUGAAUCUUACGGCGAGGAGAUGCGUGCGAGACUUUUGCAAUUCGUCACCGGUAGCUCGCGCGUUCCUCUUCAAGGUUUCAAAGCUUUGCAAGGAUCAACGGGAGCAGCAGGGCCUCGUCUCUUUACUAUACAUGCUGUAGAUGCACCGAGCGAAAACCUGCCAAAGGCACACACUUGUUUCAAUAGAAUCGAUAUUCCGCAAACUUAUCCGAACUAUAAGAAAAUGCUGGACAAGCUUACACAAGCAGUGGAAGAAACAUGUGGUUUUGCGGUCGAAUAACUUGUAGCUGCGUUUGGUGCAGCCAACAUGUUUAUCAUCGCUCAGAAACACGCAAACCCGCACCUAUUUCGACGAAGAAAAUUUUCUUCGCAGCGCUUUAGUGCACUGGAUAUUGGGUAGGUAAGAUAAACGAUCGUCGAUUUCGUUGAUACAACAGAAAUUCGUUUUGUAAAUAUCACGAAAGAACAAAAAAAGACAGGAAAGAAUAAAUUACAUAAGCCUCAAAGACACAACCUCACUUUCCAAUGUCGCUCUACAAGUUGUAGAAAAAGAUUAGAGGAUAUUUUUUACUUUAAAAGUUGAAAGAUGGUGAGAAUCGAGCAUUGUCGGUAAUCGAGUUAGAUAGUAAUUUUUUUUGUUAUUCAGAGCUGAUAUUCUAAAAAUUCAUUCAUAUCAUCUAUGCAAAUACCGAGGUAUUGUUAUUUUUGCUGUCAAUAUUUUUUUAUUAGACGUUUAUUGGACGUGUGGUGUAUCUAACUGUGAAUUUUAAUCGAUUUAAAAGUUUUAAUACCGUUUCAUUAAAGAUUGACUGACCUGUCGAUCAAAUUUUUUUUUUUCAUCAGAUGAAAAGAUCGGCAAAAUGAUAGCGAUACUUGUCUUUCUUUCAUAUAUCAUGAAUGUACAAAAAUAAGCCAGGCAAUAUAUGAAGUUGAUAGAAAAGAAAAAGGAGCGUAGAAAGAAACAUUUAGCGUCCCGUUACUCGCCUUAUCCUUUGUGUGUACAAAAGAAAAGAUAAACUCAUCAAGUUCACAGUUUACAUAUCUCCGUGGUUGCUUGCGCGGCGUUUAUAAUGGACUUCACCAUUGUUUGAAAGAAAUAACAAUUUAUUCUGCUACUGGAUGAAAAUGAUUCAUAAAGCUUAGGUAAAAAUGCGUAACAAUGUGCACAGUCAAUUAACACUAAUGUAAUCUAUCAAGUAAGAAUGUUUUAGCGAUAGAAUUUAAGCAAUAGUACGCUCGUCAAUACUGUAAAGCACAUUUAUUUUAUCUUGCAAUAAUCCGAAAAAAUGCCUCAAAAAUUAUUUCGGUCAGAUUUUUUUACUUUCUAUAAUAAUAGUGUAUUUUAAUAGUAGAGUGAAAGAAUUAUUUUAUUUCUGUUUAAAACUUUAUUCUAUGCAAAAAAUAUUAAAAAUUUUGAUAUGUUCAUUUUCCAAAUAGUUUAGUUGGUGAUCUCUCAAAAUAGUAAUUGGUUAUUCGAAUCGAUUAUACUACAUAUGGAUGUGGUCUAUAGAGAAUUAAAUAUCAAAAGCAAUAGAAUGUGCUUAUCAUAAAUAUUAAUUUGUAUUAAAAAAUUGUUAUUUGCAAUACGAGGACAAAAUUUUGUAAAUACUUAAAAAAUUAGAAAUAUACGUAUUUACUUUAGAAAUGUUUUAUAUUACAAACGAAAGAACUAUUUUGAACAAGGCUACUUUUGUUCUAUACUUUGUAAGUGUAUGGUCACGUACAAACAGCAGAGUCGAAUAUGAACAGCGGUAAAAGUCGAUGACGAAACGACGCUAACAAUUGUCAUUGCAUCGUUUUGCAAUUUCGCAAUAUUUGUCGAAGCCUUGUGCCUCUGUGAAUUACAAACAAUUGUAAAAGCUGGAAUUAAUAUUGUUUGGCCGUUAAAUGCGACUCGAUUGCUAUGGCCAAAUCUUGCGCGAAUUAGGAAGAAGUAAACCGUAAAAAUCAUUGUGGGAAUUAUUUACAUUAGUAUUUAGGAUAUUUAGAGUAUUUGUUGAUAGUAAACAUAGCAAAAGUCAUAAAAAAAAUUAUAAAGUUACGUAGUAUCGAGUUGUAACUUGUUGUCCCAACUUUCAACAGACCCUAAAGCUGUAUUUUAGAAAAUUGAUUGUAAAUGAUUGUCUUGAAAAAAUGUUUUUUUCAUUAAUUUGGUAAAUGAUUUUUACCGUACACAUCUUCUUAAAAAAAUUUUGUACAUAAGUUUUUAGCGAGACGUAAUGUUUGUACGAAUGAAGGAACAAAAAUUUGAUGCGUUCCUUCGCUAGCCAAAUCGUUCGACUAGCGACAGGCAAUUGCAAAAAUUACUUCAAAUAUGUAGUGAAAGUAAAUUUUAAGAUAUAACGAGAAACAAGAAAUGAAAUGAAUUAAUGUACAUUAGCUUUAAUUUAAAUCGCAAAUAUUUAAAGGAGAGAUUUUAUUCGAGGAGAGGAACAAAUAGCGAACAUAUUCGAUUCUGAUCGAAAUAUAUAUUAUUGUACAUGUAUACUUUUUUUACUGCGACGACGAAAAAAAAAGUUCUUCACUUCGAAAGCUCAUCGUGCUAAACUUUGAAGGUUGAGAUCCUCGAGUAAUUUGAAUUCGUCACAGUGACUGGCUCCUAAACUUGUUUCUUUGCGUAUUGCCACUAAUAUCGACUAGUGCAUUGUUAUAUAACAAAGGCGUCAUACAUUUUUUCGAUAAAAUUUCUAUAUCUUAGAUGACAUAUCAAUUAUUGUGUAUUGUCAAGCCAUAAAAUUAUCGAUCAGUAUAUUUACUAAAAUAUUUUCGAUAGUUAUGAGCGUUAAAUUUUUUGUAUAUUAAUAAAUAUGUAGCAUAAUCAUGCAUGAUUUUUUUGUUAAAUUGUAAACGUAUGCAGAAGCAUUGAUUUACAGAAAAGCUUUUUUGGUGACACACUCGAAAAUUAUUAAAUGAAAAGAGCUAUAGGUCAUACCAAAAUCUAAUCACUUGAGGUAUUGCAUGGUGCGAAUAGACGAUUUCACCGUCGAGUAAUGUACGAUGAGGCUCUCUCUCUAUCCCGUUUGUUUUUGAUUUUUUGUAAAAAAAUUUGUAGUCUGUGUUUGGAUAAUGAUGAGAGCCUUUAACAAGAGUGCCUUUUAAACAAAAGUGACAUAAAAACAGUCAUAUCAAUUGAUGCUUUUGCUCCGUAAUCCAACGAACAGACCAAUUUAUAGCAGCCUUAUAUGCUUCUUCUAAUUGUAAGACUCCAGCGACCGUCAUCUUUUUUAUACAGAGAAGUGACAAGGGGAAUAUUAUAAUUGUUAAAGUACGAAACGAAUGUAUAUCAAAUAUAACUUUAUAUACACUAAUUAUAAACAAAAAAUACUUGAUUUGAUCAGUAUAAGUGUGAAUGGGGAACAACCACAGAAGUUCUAGAUGCACAGGAGAUUGUGAAAACAGUGAAUAGGAAUUAAAAGUGAGAAAUCUUACUUUCCAUUCUUUUUCAUAACUGAUUCGUUUAGUAUCACAGUGUCGAUAAAGAAAUUCUGUUGAGUUCAUUACUUUAAUGCAUCCACAAAAAAAUAUUAUAGCUUCUGUUUGUAUGUACAUUUUUGCUAAAAUAUUUUUUCUUGGAAUGUGUCUUAAUUUGUUUUCAACUUACAAGAGCAAUGUUCGACUUUUUAUCAUUUUAUUUGGAAAGCACCGCUAGACUAGACACGUAUUAAUCAAAAUCUCUUAAAAAAUUUUAUCCAAAAUUAUCGAAAAUUCAUCUCUUCAUAUUUUUGACACGAUUUGUUUUUAAUAUUCUAGCAUUGCUUUUAUAAGUUCAAUGAAAUAGUUACAUUAUCAAUCAAAACUUUUAUUUUAUGUAGAACAUUUUAUUUGGCACAAAGUGCAAGUGCAACUGCCAUUAUAUACGUAAUUAUGUUCUUUGUAACUUACUUCAUCAAAGGUUUACCUAUAUUCUGUUCUUUUUCUCCUGCACUUAAAUCACACUGAAGAAAGGCGAAAUAUUAAAAUAAUGGCGAUUCGGCCCAGCUUUACAGUAGCUUUGUAUCGUAUGCCAAUACAAUGACUGAAUAUCACUUUGGCAUGUUCUUUUCUUGUAGAGGACUAAAAGUAACGUUUAUUUAUAUAUAAAUAAAGCUCGUAAGCGUUUUAA